AUGGGAUCCGAAAUGGAGGCCGCCCCGGUGCUGUCGACUCCCGACGAUCGAAUCCUCGAGGCGACCGAGCCUGUCGUCUCCCACGAUGCGAAGAAGCCACUCUCUGACAACGAACUCUCCAUCACCUAUGACAUCGAGCGCACGCUGAAAGAAAUCCGCCAGGCGCGGUAUAAGCGCAUCGCCCUCCAGUUCCCCGAUGAUAUGCUCCCAGAUGCCCCGCGGGUCUUCCAAUUACUCAGCCGCGGUCUCAACUCCGAGGAAGUUGUCAGUGUGAAUGGGGCACACGCGACCAGCCAGACAGGUGGUGGCGCUGCGGAUGCAGAAGAAGGCAUCACUCAGUCCGUAUCCCAGCUAUCUGUGGCUGAUGGGGCAGAGAAGUGGUCUCCCCGGUUAUACAUUCUGGCCGACACCUCGUACGGCACCUGCUGUGUAGAUGAGGUGGCCGCGGAGCAUGUGGACGCAGACGUCGUGGUGCACUACGGGCGAUCGUGUUUGUCGCCCACGGCCAGACUGCCCGUGAUCUAUGUCUUUACGCACAAGGCCUUGCCUCUAGAGCCUGCCGUGCAGGCGUUCAAGACAACCUACCCGGACCCGACAACCAAGGUUAUCAUUGCGGCAGACGUGACCUUCUCUGGCCAUGUCCCUGAACUCCAUGCUCGCCUGGUGCAGGAUGGAUACAGCAAUGUGUUUGCUACUGGAGUGGUCCACGAGCCAUCUUCAGCUAUUCCCAAUCGUACUGUGCCUGAGACUGUCCGAGAGGCUCCAGAGACACUGGCAGACUGGCAGCUGUUCCACAUUUCCGACCCACCAACGGCCCUUCUCUUGACCCUUGCGUCUCGUGUUGCCGCCAUUCAUAUUUAUCCCACGAAUAACCCAAGCAACAACGACGUUAAGCCGCUUCCAGCCUCCACUUCAGCCGCAGUACGCCGCCGCUAUGCCAUCCUCACUUCCUUGAACACGGUCCCUAUCUGGGGCAUCUUGAUCAACACCCUCAGUGUCAAGAACUAUCUGCAUAUUGUGGAACAUGUGAAGGAGCAAAUUGCCGCCGCCGGCAAGAAGAGCUACAUGUUUGUCGUGGGCAAGCUCAAUGCUGCCAAGGUCGCUAACUUUAGUGAGAUUGGUGGCUGGGUGGUCAUUGGCUGCUGGGAGAGCUCGCUGGUAGAUAGCAGGGAUUUCUGGAAGCCCGUCAUUACUCCAUUUGAAUUGGAACUAGCGCUGAAGAGCGACGCUGAGCGGGUGUGGACCGGUUUGUGGCAGAGUGACUUCCAGGCCAUUCUCGACAAGCCGGCCGAGGAGGAGUUGAACGAAGAUGAGCAGACGAUAUCAAACGAUACAACCAUUGACGAGGAGGAGGAUAUGUCGGAACCCGAGAGUGCACCGCCCGAGUUCGAUUUGCGGACAGGACGGUACGUCUCGCAUUCCCGUCCCAUGCGGGAUCCCGCACCCCGCGCUUCUGACCAGAUCGAUGGAUCGACCGCGGCCGGGCCAUCCGCUGCUAGGGCCCUGGCCCGGCGAGCUAAGGGUGACUUAGCGAUGAUCGGCGGCGCUGUAUCACCAGGGGCCGAGUUCCUCCGGUCCCAACGGACAUGGAAGGGGUUGGGGAGUGACUUCGAUAUCCGAUACGAUGAAGAGGAGGACCCAGCCGACAGCACUCUUGUGAAGGAAGGGCGCAAGGGCAUCGCGAGGGGGUACACUGUGGGCGAAUCGACCGAGAAGCAUUAG